ACAUGGCAAUUUAGUUGUGUCCUAUUAGAUGUGGUUUUAUUAUAUGUUCUUUAGCCUGAUAGAAUAUUUCGUAUAACAGACAAGCGAUAAGUACUAUAGCAUAGUAAAACUUUUAAUUUCUAUUUUCGUGAUAAUUUUACAGUUUUUGUUUCAGUUAUUUUACAGUGAUAAAAGUUAAAAAUGUGGACUAACGAAGAUGAAGAUAUGAAUGAAAGUGGAAAUGACGACGGGACAGGUACCGAUGUAAUGAACAACAAUUACAGAGGAAAUAGAAAUCAAGAAAAACAACACUUACACAACAUUAGCUUACCUUGCAUAUUGUACUCCAGAAAAGAUACUGAAGCAGUCGGCGACAAAGACCAACGAACUACAUCAGAGCGAAGAUUUCACAUUGAAAUUAGUGAGGAAAACGAUGGGGACAGCUUUGAUCAAGGAGAUGACAUAGCUGUAGUUUGCCGUCCGCCGCCAGAGCAGGGGUUGGGCUUGAUGACAGAUGAACAUAUUGCUUAUGCCGUCGGAGCUAUACAAUGUUCUGAUGCUCAGAAAAUGGGAUUUAUGGUCAAAGUUAUAAAAAGAAUUCAAGACACGCUUGCUGUAAUGGAUACACGAAUACAAGGGCGAUUUGAUGAAACGGAGAAUCAAAUGGACUAUACCAUGUCUCAGUUAAACCAGAGUGUAAGACAACUCCGUGAGGUUGUUGAAAGAGUUGACGAAACCUGUUCCAAAAUCACAGAAAAUGACAUUGGAGAAUCAAAAGAUGAUGAAACUCAGACGGACAUAGUUCCAGCUGUUCCUUUCAAUAUGACUAGUGAUGAAAACAAGCCAUUUCACCGAAAUUCAACACAAGAAUUCACACUCUCUCAAGAAGAAAUUGAAUAUCCGGAUCUAACAGAUGUAGAAACAAAUCAAGUGUUCGCAGAAACAGAUGACAGAUCUAAAAGCUAUAAUCGCAAGGGAGCACGUGUUUUCUCAAACAGAAAAAUGGGAGGCGAAUUUGUAACAGCAAAGGAGGACAUGAAUGAUAUUACCAGUGAUAAAUUCUUUGAAACGACCACGUUUAUACAACAUACUGGAAACAAAACCGUUCUGCCUUGGAAAAUAGAGCCUACUGAUUGGCUUCUCUGUGUCAACGACGGUGAUAAGCAGAUGGCAGAGGAUUUGCUGAAAGAAAGAAAAUUGCCUGAUCAAGAAUUGCUUGACAAAGCGUGUAUUGUGUUUGGAAGAACUUCACCGAUAGUAUCGGCUAUAUGUUCUUCGAUUUGCUCGUAUAUGAGAGAAAAGUCAUCCGAAAGUAUCAUAGAUAUUUGGCCAGCUUAUGAGUACAGUAAGUUAUGUGCUGAUACAGACAAAAAUAAAAUCAUUUUUGUUGUAAUUAAAGAAAAUCAGAAUGAUUUAGGUCUCGGAGAUGUGUACAUAACAUACGAAAGAGAAGCGUUUAAUUGCAGUUCGGAGAGCUCAGAGAUCAACAAACUUGAGUACGAUACUGACCUAGCUGCGGAAGACUUGGCAGAUCUGACCAACUGUGUCAGUGAAAACUCAGUAUCAUUAAUGGGUGUUCAUAGCAAUUUGACAAUGGUGUCAGCUAGUUGUAAAACAUCUAAAGGUUUCAAUACAAGUGCAAGAACUAUACAAAAUAAACCAACAGUAGUUUUGUAUACUCAUGUAAAGGGUCUUAUACCGCUCAAGGAGGAACCGUUUCCUGAACAAAUAGGACAGUACUUUGUCGAUGUGCGAGAAGCUGUCUUCAAAUUAUUCCUCGGUGGACGACCAAAUGAAUAUCAUGAAAAUUUACGAAUGGGUUGUGCAAUAAGAAACAGCAAAAUCGAUCAACUUAGAAAUUGUUCCGCAGGCACACUCGGUGGAUUUCCAGAACACCCACACUAUGGCUUGUGCUGCAUAACAUGUGCGCAUGUCCUCUGCGAUGACCUUAAUAAUUUUCAGCAUUGUCAAAAUGGGGUCAGACACUGGACAGGAAAUGAUCAGCCUAAAGAAGUAUUCCAACCCUGUUGCUUUGGCUCGCCUCUAUUUGGACAUCUUGUUUGCGCAAUUUACAACCAAGGUGGUUUCGGCAAGGCAGGUGUCGACGUUGCACUUAUAAAGAUUGAUUCUCGUGAUCCAGUUGAUGGGUAUUUUUGCCAGACACAGAAAAAAGUGACCAGACAGGGAUUUCAACAGACAGACCAAUGAAUUACUACACUGGCAAACUCUGUGAUCGAGAAAGGUUGAAGAAAGGUUCAGUGGUUAUCAAAUACGGCUGCUGCACAGCGAUAACACGCGGUGUCUUCCGUUUGCAGUGCGGUG